CUCCAACCGAUGCCAUUCGCCAUGUGGGUGACUCUGGCGAUAGUGGUAUGCGCAGCGCGUGGCACCCCAGCGGAUUGGAUGGAACGAAACUUUCAGCAGCUGCAGCACAAGACCUUGCUACAGUUGCCCCUGCCAGGAUCACACAACAGUGGCAACUACCAGGGUGGGUUGCAUGCAGACCUGCUGUGCCAGAGCGACUACAGAUACGAUGAAUAUUUGGCAAGUGAAAGUUCUCGGAUGCUGCAGACAUCUGGGAGAUCAGUCUUCAGCCGGAGCGAAUUUGAUCAACGAAUGAUCCCGUGGAAUGUGAAUCACUUUCAUCCCAUUCGGGCGCAGCUGCGGGAGGACGGCGUUCGAUUUUUGCACUUGAAGCUCUGCAAUUUCGGAGCACCAGGUGCGCCAACGAUGGAUCUCGCGACUGUGCGAUUCCAACACCGGGGAUACACCACGCGCGAAACGGUAGCAUCUACCAUACAGGAUCUGCGAGAGUUUCUGCAUGAGUAUUCCAAGGAGAUUGUGAUCUUAGGCUUCAACAACCUGCACAACAGCGAUUCCAAGUCCUUCGACAAAGCCGAUAUCGCUGCAUUGUCAGUGGCACUGGAGAUGGCCAUAGGUGCAGAAAAUCUCAUCAGUCACCAGCAGCUUUUGACGCAGAGCCUGGGUGACUUGGUGGCUGCUGGCCGGCGCCUGGCGGUUUUCGUCAAGGGCGCGGAGCCUGGUUCCCACGUCAUUCCCAGUCAGCCGGUCCUAGAUGAAAACUGGUCCCCAGUGAUGGCCAGUGGAGAUUUGGCCCAAAGCGCGCGGUGGCUGUUGGAGGACCUGUCAAGCUCCAAGAGAUCCAAGAGGACGGGGCGCUUCUACGUGAUGCAGGCGAAUCCAAACAAUGCCGAAAGCAAGAUCUAUGAAAGCAUGAACAGCAAUCAGCUGCCAGCCUCCAAUCUGGACUUCCUCAGAGGUUUCUUGCAGGAUUUGCAGGGUCUAGUGCUUGCUGCCACCCAUGCAGAUCCGGAUAUCCAGAUCAAUGUGAUCGACACUGACUUUCUUAGCAUCAGCCAGCCAUAUGCAACUGCAAUGCAACUGAUGGCCUUGCCCAAUGCAUCUCCUGUCAACAGUGAUCUCAGCUCCAGCUGGUGGCUACGACUCACAGCCCUGUGUGGGCUCUGUGGAUGUUUGCUUUUGAUGGGUUGCCAACGUCACUGCCAACAGCGCCUGGCAACUCUUUAGCCCGGCCUUUUCAAUGGCCGGCAGUCGACCAAAGGCGGCCAAAUGGCGAAUUGAGGGUGAGGUUGGAAAGUGGAUGACAUUUAUGAGAUGCGGAUACAGCAAUUGUUGAAGAAGAUGACGUGUGCGUAUGAUACAUAUUAUAUUUCCACU